GGGGGGAGAUUACGUAACACAUUCAAGCUGUAUAAAUGCAGUGGUUUCACAUCGGAGGCUCAGUCAACUCUCCAAAUCGGUGCACGUGCGAGGUGUGUAAAGGGAAGGCACGGGAAUGAAUGCACUCCUCUCCGUUUUUGUGAUCUUACUUCUAAAGAUCAUCUUCAUUGGAGCAGCGGAUCCUUGCUGCAGCCAGCCAUGCGAGAACCGAGGAAUAUGCACCUCAAAAGGAUCCGAUGCCUACGAAUGCGACUGCACGAGAACCGGGUUUUACGGCCAGAACUGCAGCACUCCUGAGUUCUUCACAUGGAUAAAGCUAACAUUUAAGCCGAGUCCAAACGCGGUGCAUUACGCGCUAACCCAUUUCAAAGGACUGUGGGUUGUCAUCAACAGAAUUUCGUUCGUACGGGAUGCAAUUAUGCGAUAUGUGCUGACAUCACGAUCGCAUCUCAUAGACAGCCCUCCAACUUACAACGCAGAUUACGAUUACAAGAACUGGGAGGCCUACUCGAAUCUUUCCUAUUAUACGCGAACGCUUCCUCCUUUACCAAAAGGCUGCCCCGCACCUCUGGGGGUGUUGGGGAAGGUAGAACUACCUGAGGCCAAGCUGGUGGUGGAGAAGGUUCUGCUCAGAAGACACUUCAUCCCAGAUCCACAGGGCACCAGUCUCAUGUUUGCUUUUUUUGCUCAGCAUUUCACACACCAGUUCUUCAAAUCAGACAUGGCCAAGGGACCGGCUUUCACCAAAUCUCUCGGACAUGGUGUGGAUCUGACCCAUAUCUAUGGAGAUACUUUGGAAAGGCAACAUAAGCUGAGACUCUUCAAAGAUGGCAAACUGAAAUUCCAGGUAUUCAAUGGUGAGGUUUAUCCGCCCACCGUGCGGGAGGCCCCGGUGGACAUGAUUUACCCUCCUUACGUGCCGGAAGAGCACCGGCUAGCAGUGGGCCACGAAGCUUUCGGCCUGGUGCCGGGUCUCAUGAUGUACGCGACCCUCUGGCUGCGAGAGCACAACCGCGUCUGUGACAUCAUGCGGCAGGAGCACCCCGAGUGGGACGACGAACGCAUAUUCCAGACCACACGGCUCAUCCUCAUUGGCGAGACCAUAAAGAUUGUAAUUGAGGAUUAUGUGCAGCAUUUAAGUGGUUACCACUUCAAGCUGAAGUUCGACCCAGAGCUACUGUUCAAGGAGCGCUUCCAGUACCAGAACCGUAUCGCAUCUGAGUUCAACACUCUGUACCACUGGCACCCGCUGAUGCCAGACGCAUUCCACAUACAAGACCAGGUCUACAGCUACAAGCAGUUUACUUUCAACAAUUCCCUGCUGAUGGAACACGGAGUCAACAGCCUCGUGGAGUCAUUUACCAAGCAAGUGUCAGGAAGGGUGGCUGGAGGUCGUAAUGUUCCUCACAACCUGAUGCAUGUGGCUAUGAAGUCUAUCGAGCACAGCCGGAACAUGCGCUACCAGUCUCUGAACUCUUACAGAGAACGCUUCUCCAUGACACCCUAUACCUCCUUUGAGGAACUGACAGGAGAGAAGGAGAUGGCAGCUGAACUGCAGAAGAUGUACGGCCAUAUUGAUAGGAUGGAGCUCUACCCUGGGCUUCUGGUAGAGAAGCCCAGGCCCCGGCCCAGUGGUAUCUUUGGGGAGACCCUGGUGGAGAUGGGGGCUCCCUAUUCCCUGAAAGGCCUUAUGGGAAACCCCAUCUGCUCUCCUGAGUACUGGAUGCCCAGCACGUUCGGGGGAAGUGUGGGCUUUGAGAUCGUCAACAGCGCCUCACUGGAGAAACUGGUGUGCCAAAACGUGAAGGGACCUUGUCCAGUGACGUCUUUCCGUGUUCCCAACAUGCCAGAUGUUGGAGCGUCAUCCGAAAACUCCAGUAUGGGACUCUCAGGAAUAGGGCAAUUGAACCCCACGGUCUUACUUAAGGACAGGACUUCGGAGCUGUAAUGAUCACUCUAGGAAGAAGGGUACAGGUCAAGGUAAACACUGGUACGCUUGGCAGGGCACAGUGUCACACAAACACAAAAUGCAGUCUAGAGAUGCAGACUUGCCUGAACAUGUUAGUAGGAAUAAAAAAGCAGGAAGAACAUUGACACAAAGAGCUCCAGGGAGGAUUUUACCCCAUCUGGGGUGCGUACAGCAGUCACCACUGAGCCAUCUUGCCUACUUAUAUAUUUAACUUGUCUUUGCUUCUUUUUUACUGAAUUGACAAGAAUUUGACAUUCUGACCUACUUGAAUUUUUGUUGUUUAUUUAUUUUAUGCCUUUUUCAUGUUAUUUAUUUAUAAUAUUUGUAAUGUGGAUAUUUAUUUACAUUUUGUUACUUUUUAUAUUGA